UCGUCAUCCUCUCCCUUGACCUUUUUUGUCGUCGGGAUGCCACAAGUGAAUUGCUGAAGGACUAGCAAGAGAAGUACUCUCCGGAUGCUGCGACGCUUUGCGCCCCCUUCGAAGCACCAUAAGCAACCAAAAGAGGUGAGAAGCAUCAAAGAGAGCAUACCACUAACCACACUAUUGCCUGUAAAAGAAGUAUGAAAGACCCGACACCAGGGGUCAUGACCGUAUACAGGCAAGCUGCCUGCAUCCAGUUGGUUCCUCCGUGCUGGCUCAAAGAUCGUGUUUUGUCACUCAGGGGGCACAGCUGCUGGUCGCUUCGUUGGAGGAAGAUCACGAGGUGCAGCUGGCGCAUCAGCAGUUCACCGGGAUUGACCUCGCGGAGCCGGUCUCCAGCGUGGCUUUCCGGCUGCGCUGCAAAGCCAAGCUCCAUGUCGACCGGAGGAUCCUCUUGGCCCGUUCCGAGCACUUCCGGAAGCUCCUCAUGGCGGACCAGACGAUGACCGAGAUCGAUCUCACUGGUGAAGCCGCAGCGGAUGUGAAGUCCUUCACCGUGCUCUUGCGGUUCCUGAUGACGGACCGAUGGGACGCCGCCUCGGUGGAGCCGGAGUUGGCGUUCAACGUCCGCGACCUGGCACAAAGCUUCGGGCUGCCCAGGCUGAUGGCUUUCGCAGAAGGCCACCUCCAACAGCAGCUCUCCGGCGAGACGGUGCUGAAGAUCCUGGGCCGUGUCAUCGGCUCUGCAACACCCUUAGAGAAGGCGUGCUGGCAUCUCCUGACCCUCGAGCGGGAGGCCAUUCUGAAGCACAGCCAACACGAAGUAGACGAGAUCGUUCAAAAGAAUCCCGACUUUGCGAAGAAGCUCAUUCUGCUGGGCACAGGCGCGCCCUCGGACCCCGUGCCAAGCAAGAGGCGCCGCACCUGGUGGAGUUAGUCGAGACCAAAAAGACGUGCCCUACCGGUUGU